UUGAACAACUGUCGUAGGCAGAGACAGUAGAGAAAUUGAAAUAUUUUCAUCUUGCUCGAACAGCUGGACUUAAUAAUCCAGGUUGAACUCUGGAGUAUCUGGUAUACGAAUUUCGGACCCUCAAAUUUUGUAGAAAUUCCAAUUAUCAAUGAGAGGAUCGUUAUAAAGAAGGUGUCACGUCUCAAUUGCAGUAUGGCCGACGUGUUUGAAGUUGUGUCCCUCAUAACCAAUGGGGUGUGCCACAUGUGCGGGCCAAACUGCUAUGAUUUGCUAGACCAGGAGCGGCUGUACUGGCGAGUGUCAGAAAUGAUUGAAGAAGGCCAACGAGAUGACCAAAUCAUUGAAGUUCUCACAUCUGAGCUCAUCGUAUAUGUGCUUGCACAGAAAGAGGAUGGUUGUAACUUUGCUGAAAUGGAUGAGGCUAAUAUUUUAAAAACUAUUCACUUUGGUGUUGCUGAAGAAGUAACUCAAGAUAAUCCUAAUGAGCUGCAAAGAGAUGAACCCAUGGUGCAACCCAGCCUGCACCAUGAUGUUCAAGAUCAUUGUCUUCAAGGACUAUUUAAUGAGACUGUUGAGAAUCAUGAGGAUCCUAUUAAAGAAUUUCAGAAUAACUGUGAUACUCAAGACCAGGCAUCCCACGCUGAUCAACUCUUCAAUUCAAAUGUGAUAAAUAAUUCAGGUGAAAAAGACAAUAUUUCCAGCAGCAUGAGUGAUGAUGCACCAUUAGUUCUAAACUUUGUCAUAUCAGACAUGGCUACUCACAAAGAAGCCACGGAAGAACUAGAACACAAGCAUCAAGCUGCUCUGAAGAACAACUUCUCCCUAGACAAAUGCACACCUGAAGUUGAUGGUAUGGCGGCCGAUGAUGGUAUGGAAUGCACGUCAGCAGAAAUUGAACAAGGCCUAGUCUCGGGCUACAACAAAAAUCAAUCAGUAUCUAUUGUUGACCCAACUGGUGGUUCUUCCACAGAAUUUCAUCUCAAAUCGUCAGAAGCUGUUCACAAUUCUGAUAAACAAAUUAAUUCUUCUGGUGAGAAUAAUAGUCAUUCAAAUAUUCAAAUAGCAAGUAAUUUAGUUGGUAGAGCUUCACCAGAAGAACGUUUGGAGGAUGAUGUUGAGGAUUCUGGCUGUGGUACCUCAGUGAGCAUUGAUGAUGAAGACAAAAUGAGCUCAGGGGAAGGUGAAGACUCGCUCUUGUGCGACUCACUUUGUAUCAGCGAGCUACCCUCAGAUUCCAACUCAAGUCCUAAACGUAGGAACCUAGGUCCCAAAAGGGAAACUUCUUCUGCACAUGAUCAUGAACAAAGAAAUCUUACUAAUUCCUCUACAGGAGAAAAUUUUGAAAGUGAACUUGCUGCAGAGUCAGCGUCAAGUGAAGGAAUAGUAACUGUGGAUUUAAGUGGUAUUAUUCCUCAUGAUGAUGGCAUUUAUGAAGACACUAAUGCUUCUGCAACUGCACCUAAUUAUAACACAGAGGCUUCUACCUCAGUGACCAAGCAAGAAACAAAUUUUCACAUUCAAGGCGCCAGGCCUAAACAACGGAUAAAUUUGGAACCCAAAACUCGUUCACCUCGCAAGAGAAGUCGGCUCAUACCGGUAUGGUCUGAGGCUCCUGAGGUAGACUCAAAAAGAAGCAAGGAUGUCUCAGAAGGGAAUAAUGCUACUCGUGCAUCCACUAGUCGUGAAGUGGUGUCUAAAAUUACUCAUAAUGACCAGUUGUUGGCAGCUCACUUGGUCUUGCUUAUUGAACAUUUCCCAAACUUGGAUACAGCUUACUUGACUCAGAGGUGUCAUGAGGUGGUGCUGGGAAGACCUUUAGAAGAUCUAAUCCAUGAGUUGUCAUCAGCUGAUAGUGUCAAUGAGACCGCAGAUGAAACCAACGCAAGAUGGUCUGCCACGUCCAUGUCCUCGACUGCAUCCAUUAGGGCAGUUGCCGCGGAAACUGUGGAGUGCCGUCAGGAAGAUGAUGAGAACAUAUGGGAGGAGAUGCCAGAAGCUUACGAAGAUCAACUGGAUCAAGUUGAAAUGGAUGCGCUCUUUGCUCAUCAGGUUGAUUUUGAUGAAAAUCCUUCAUGCAGCACCACAGAGCAAGAUGUUCUCCUCGCGCACCAAAUAGAUAUGGAGGAAAGUGCACCCCACAAAGAAGUGGUCAACACGCUGGAGUGCUGCUGCUGCUUUGAUGACAAGCCAGUGAUCGAAAUGUUGGCUUGUGAUGAACAAUAUGAUGCACCACACUUCUGCUGUUCCGAGUGCCUUAAACGGUACACUGAGAACUUCAUAGGCGAGGACAAGCUGGAGUUUCCAUGUCUGAACAGUUCAUGCAUGGCCAAGAUGCCGGACUCUGCCGUCAGUAAUGUGCUUGAACAGACGAUGUUCCAAAAGCUGCUCGAGCGAAGACAGGCCGCGGAAAUAUUAGCUGCCGAGCUUAAGGAUCUGGAAAGCUGUCCGUUCUGCAACUAUGCGGCCAUUAUUGAGGAGAAAGUGACGGUGCGAUCUACGGCGAACACCGUCUUCCGUUGUGACAACAUCGCCUGCGGCAAGCGUUCCUGUAG